AGGAGGAGGAGGAGAAGGAGGAGGAGGAGGUGGAGGAGGAGGAUGCUGCGCGCCUUGGUGGCGGUGUCCCUGUGGCUGCGGGUGAGCCCGCGGGCGCAGGGCGCGCCGUGCGAGGCGGUGCGCAUCCCCAUGUGCCGCCCCAUGCCCUGGAACAUCACCCGCAUGCCCAACCACCUCCACCACAGCACCCAGGAAAACGCCGUCCUCGCCAUCGAGCAGUACGAGGAGCUGGUGGGCACCGGCUGCAGCCCGGUCCUCCCCUUCUUCCUCUGCGCCAUGUACGCCCCCAUCUGCACCCUGGAGUUCCUCUACGACCCCAUCAAGCCCUGCCGCUCCGUCUGCCAGCGCGCCCGCGACGGCUGCGAGCCCAUCAUGCGCCGCUACAACCACAGCUGGCCCGAGAGCCUCGCCUGCGACGACCUCCCCGUCUACGACCGCGGCGUCUGCAUCUCCCCCGAGGCCAUCGUCACCGACCUGCCGGAGGAUGUGAAGUGGACGGACUUCACACAGGGCGUGCUGGUGCCGGAGAGACUCCCGGAGCCCGACUGCAAGAGCCGCGGCCAGGAGCGAUGCAGGUGCAAAAAGACAAAGCCUACGCUGUCAACCUACCUGGCCAAGAACUACAGCUACAUCAUCCACGCUAAAGUAAAAAGCAUAGAAAGAGGGAACUGCAACGAGAUAACGACUGUGGUUGAAGUCAAAGACAUACUCAAGUCUUCGACAGCAAUUCCUCUGUCUCAAGUGCCUCUUCUUACAAAUUCCUCCUGCCAGUGUCCACCUCUUCAGCCGAAGCAGGAUGUCCUCAUCAUGUGCUAUGAAUGGCGCUCAAGGUUGAUGCUUCUUGAUGGAUGUCUAGUUGAAAAAUGGAAGGAUCAACUAAACAAAAGAUUUAAGAGGUGGGAACAGAGACUGCAAGAACAAAAGCUGCGAACGGCCCGCAGUAAGAACCAGAAUGCAGGACGCAGUGGUCGGAGUGGAGCCCCAAAGCCGUCAACCAAGAACACCAACCCACUGGUCAGUGGUCCCAAAAAGGCCAUUAAAAUAAAAAAUGGCCAAAAAGAAAUCAACCCUAAAAAAGUAUGAGUGUGAAAUUUCCAAAAGGAAAGACUUUCCUGCACGUUGAGGGUCACAAUCUGGCUCGGUCAGUAUGUUUUAUUAAUCCAGAACUCAUCGACUUAAAAACUCACGGCAGUUUCUACAUAGACAGUUUUGCUGCACUUUACUUUUAAAAGGUUUGCUUUUCCUUUCAAGCCACUGCAAGCCAUAGAGUGUAGGUUUGCACUAAUAUGUCGUAGGCAUAUUUGAGCUGACUGAAAUUUACCUUGGGGCUCUGAUUUGCAAUUCUAGAUAGAUCUGGCCUGGGCUGCCAGAGGUUUUAAGUCCUCAUGCCAGUUGCCUGCCCUGCUUCCCUGCCAGAGGUUGGAGAGCUGCAUGGGGCAUCCCUUCUUUAGUAGUUGGCGAGUUAGUCGUUGAGUUAAUCUGUGGAUUAAUCUGGUGAGCUGAGAACCACGGCAGCUGAGGAGCAGCAGAGGGAUGGUAACCUCUGGCAGACAUCUGGGGCAGCAACCACUGCAGCUGCUGGAGCUGAAUCUAUCGGCACCUUGGAAUCACAGCCCUUGUUCAGAGCAUUCAGAAGCAUAGUUUACCAAUAAGAAUCUGGGUAUGCAUUAUGUGAUUAUUUUCAUGUGUGUGCCAGAAAUAUGCUUACAGUGUUAGUAUUUGAUGUUGUUGGUUUGUGUAGCAAAAAUGCAUUGAAAGCAGACAUUUAAUUUUUUUUAUUGUACUUCAGGCUGGCUUCUGUUGUUAUGAUUUCAAAUAUAUUUAAGCAUCUAAUUGAAAAAUCAGUGUUUUUUUAAAUGGACAGACUAAGAUGAAACAUAUCUAUAGAAUUAUCAGAAGUAACACUUAUGUUUGCUGUAAUAUAGCUUUGUUAUGAAAACUGGAAUAGAAGCAUUCUUCUAAACAUAACGAAACAGCUACUGUACAGUAUUAAAGAGAAGAUAGGGCUUCAUGUGGCUCAGUGUUCAUUUGGAUAAUUUUUUAUCAUUUGACACCAUAUUUCUAAAUCUCUCUCUGACACCAAAUAAACAAACAAACAACUAACUAACUAACUAAAUAAGGCUUGUCCCUAUUCCUGAACUUCUCAAAACAACUGGCUAUCUGCAGUUUUGCUGAUCAGAAGGUAGCAUUUACCCUGCAAGGGGUCACAGACAAAGCAGAUGCUUUUAUUUAUGUACUAAGUUUUAUGGGCAACAUUUGCUGUGCAAGAUAUUGAAAUAGCAAAGGUGAUAUAAAUUUAAUUGGCAUAACUCCAAGAUGGCAUUUAUGCUAUUCCUGCCUGGAUAAGGCAGUAUGACUAGCACAGUCUGAUUUCUGUUAACGCAUAAGGAGAUCACCUUCAUUAACAUUGUAAGAGGUCAUGGUAGACAUCUUCCAGAAUUCCUGCAGCAAAACUAAUGACUAGGCUUGGUAUUUCUGGUAUCUAUAAAACAAAAUGAGCAUUUCUAAAAUAGAGAGAGUCUACAUCAGAAAAAAAAAAAUUCUGUAUAGGAUAACAUAAAAGAUACAACUGGUCAUAUCAAUAUACUGAUCUAUAUUAUUACAGGAAUUCCAAUGAAAUUUGAAUGCAUGAAAUUUAAGGCAGAAUAUGCUGGAGUGAUUUUGAUAGCAGCAGUAAUAUACUUGGUAAUAUGCUAACACAAGCUGAAGACAUAGAUGCCAAGUUAGAAUGCUUAAAACAAAGGGGCGGAGGUGUUACAGAAAAAUUGAAUGGCGUAUAGGGUAGUUCAGGAGGAAAAAACCACAACCCUACAUGAUCAUUGGUUGAGUUUUAAGCAGUUGGUUAAAAUAUGCAAAGGUCAGCAUUUGAAUUUGGCCCUUCCUGCUAAUUCAGGGCAGAUGCAGAACUUUAUCUCCAUGGAACAUCUGCAGAAUUAGAUCCAAAAUUCAAUCCAGCUGCCAGGAAUGCUGAGCAUAUAUUGUAUCUACUGACUUUAGUGGGAAUUAAGUGGGUUUGACAUGUCAAAAAAAACAGACCACAAAGUUCAGUGCCUAAAUACAGAGUAUAGGUGAAAUCUUAAUCCUGUACAACGAAAUGGAAAAACUGAAAUCAAAAGCAAAUGAGACAGAAUUUCACUGCAGGUGACUAAAUUAGGUGAGUUUGAAAAUGCUGACUUGAGUCAGCAUGAUCUAAAAGAUCAGUACGUUUGAAAAGCUUCUAAAAUAGUUUUAUCUACUGUGUGGCUCAAGUUCUUAAGCUUUGAUUACCUAUUGAUCCUGAUUUAAAGUACCCCAAUAAAUAUGUAUAAGAUUAGCUAUUAAAAAUGAAUGACAGUCCUAUCAAUGUAAUGUCGAAAUAACAAAUACCAAAGUUGUGAUAUGUCACUUAACAAGUUUUAUUGUGAACGUGGUGAAGUGUGGUGUUUGUUGAAUGAAACCUUUGGAACAGCUAGCUAGACUUCAUAGCAACAUUACAUAUUAUUUUACAACUGUUAAAAUCAAACCUUUUUCAUUUUUUGAAAGCAGAGAAAAAGAUGAAAAAAUUAUUUUCUACAGAAAAUUAUCACCAUUCCUUCUGUAAGUUACCGUCACUGGACUGAGGAUUCCAGUAUGCUGGAAUAAACUUUGAUGCACCCAGCCUGGUGUUUCCAAACUCCUUGACAUUUUUAUGUAUGCUUUAUGCUGACUAACUUCCAUUCUGAUGUGGUAAAAAUAUGGAAGAAGGAAAGGCAAUACAACAAAGAGCAGGAGAUAUCAUAAUACAAAGAACAGAUGUACAGACAGGGGAAUGAAUUAGUAAGGUUUCCCUUACUCUCCCCUUUUGUUUUCCCAAAUCCAUUUUCUUCUACUUUUUAAGAAGCCAUGGCUCAACCCAAUUCAACACUAACAUAAUUCACUCAAUUUUGAAAAUCCCAUACAAUUUUUAACUCGUUGCAACAUCAAACGCCAGCUGAUUGCGGACCAGAACAUCCCUGCCCUCCAGCCCUCUGCCCUUCCCUUGCGAAGGCGUGAAACGGAUAUUGGAGCAGCGAGGGAUGUUCCAGCAGGCAAAUGCAUCCUCAUGCAUCCCCGUGUGGCCCCCUCAGCAGUUCUGCUCCCUGGCACGUGGCAAAAAGUCAGACUCACCUGUGCUUAUGCACAUCCAUGGCCAGGUGUAGUCACUGCCGUGCCAGCGCACCCCAGCACCAGUCAUGAAAUCUUGGUUUAGCAGAGUGGGCAAAAAUUCCGCUGAUGGAUGAAAGCAAUUACUGUACCUACUUAGAGCUGAAAAAAAUAACAGGCCAAAACUUGAAGCGUCAAAUGUUUUUUUGUCAGUGUUACAGCUGAGGGGCUUGGCAUUUUUUUUUCAUAUAAAAUAAAAAUUGCCUGGAACACUGAACAGAUGUUUCUAGUGCGUUUCUUACUACCUCCCACACAGAUGUACCCGGUUUAGUAAGAAAUGCCAUUGAAUAUUUUCACUGAAUGCUCUAACCUCAGUUCCAAAAGAAUGAAACCUGAAAAAAUAUUUACUCUAAUUCUGAAUAAUUGGCACCGUUUUAGAAGCUCACUGUAAAUGCAAAUCAGAACUCUUUUAUGAACCACAUUUAAAAAA